AUUCCACCUCAUUUCUUUUUUACUUCGUACCUUCCAGUCACCUUCUCCUCACGUUAUCACACUCGUAUCGGCAGAUCGAACAACGGGUCGCUAAACUAGGUCCUGCAGCGACAAUGACAACGAAACGAAAGGGCAAUGCAAAGACCGCAACAACGGUCGCUGCAUUGGUAGGAACUGUGCUGCAGCCUGCAUCGACGCUGCGCCCUCCGUGCAGUCCAACGAGCAGCAUGAGACAAAGAAGGCUUACAACCUCUGCCAGCGUGUUGGCAAGUGGCAGUGUUGUUCGCACGGGCAUUGAUGCGUAUUCGACUACAUGGGGAGGUGCUGUGUCCACAUCGCGUAGCAGAUUUGGAACAUCUAGGAGUACGAGGCUUUCGGAAUCUCCGUUUGACAACUACGAAUACGACGAAGACAAGGAUAUAACCUCGAACAACACCUCCGUCCUUCGCGACAGAGGGGCUGGAACUGCUACAACCGAAAUGACGAAGACGAUAGGCAGCGAGGGAAAGCGGGAUGAAAGCGGCGAGAGACAUGAUGGAGCAACUGCUAUUUACGAUGAUGGUGAUACUUCGGGUGCGAGCAACCCGAACUUUGAAAUUCCUCUUGCAGUCGUGGACGUAGACGGCGAUUCCCAAGACAACGACGAGAGUCGUCGCUUGGUCAUUUCUUCAGAAAAGCUGGUUCGAUUUUUGCAGGAAGAGGCUCCGCCAAUCUCCAUUUUAUUGCUGAAUUUGGUUGCMGUUAUUUGGGGAUCGCAGCACGCCAUCAUCAAAACGGUUGUGGAGGAUAGCGACCCAGCAGCGUUCACGUUCCUUAGAUUUGGACUCGCCAGUCUCAUCGCAUCUCCAUAUCUUCCUGGGGUCAAGGAGAUAUUUCAGAAGACUACCAGUCCAACAGAAUCUAACAUUACGACAAGGGUCGAAGAAGAAGAAGAUCUGUGGAAGCCGUGGCGAUGGGGAAUCGAAAUGGGCCUCUGGAUGUUUCUUGGCUUUUCGUUGCAGGCGAUCGGAUUGCAGUCCACAACGGCUCAGCGUUCUGGAUUUCUGCUAUAUCUCAAUGUCAAGUUUGUUCCGUUCUUUGCGUACAUCUUGCUCGGUCGCCAGAUUUCCAAGUGGACCUGGCUUUCAGCCUUCGCCGCUUUUUCUGGGACCGCCCUCCUGGCGCUCGACGGCGAAUCCCUGGGCCUGAACGUGGGCGAUAUCUGGAGCAUCAUGGCUGCGGCGGCCUCCGCCAUGUUCAUCCUUCGGUUGGAAAAGGCGUCUUCCGAAGUCACUAAAGCAUCCGAGCUCAAUGCUACAUCAUUGGUUGUGGUUGCGAUGCUUUCGGGUGCGUGGCUACUCCUCGGUGGAAACGGGGGACCACAAAUCGCGUCGGAAGUCACCCGGACCGCGCUGGAGCACCCCCUCGAGCUCGUGUACCUUGGAGCCGUAUCGACCGCGCUGGCCAAUUUCAUUCAGGCCAAGGCGCAGAAAGACGUUCCAGCGGAACGGGCCAGCAUUAUCUACAGUCUAGAUCCAGUUUACGGAGCAUUCUUUUCCUGGAUAAUCUUGGGGGAAAGUCUAGGGGGUCCACAAGCUUAUAUCGGGGCAUCGAUCAUCUUUAUUGCAGCAGCCACCAACAGCCUGUUAGAGUUUUCAAAGGACAGCGCUAGCAAGGAGUGAAUCGAAGAAAAGCGAUUUAUGUGUUCGUUGAGCGGAUCUUCGUAGUCGCAACACUCUAUGCAGACUUCUACGGUAUGCCACUGCGUUAUAAUGGAAAUCUCCGAUCGUGAAAAGUUUAAUUUCUAAUAAUUUUACUUCGAUUUGAAGCUGCAUCGUCAAAGGAAAAUCUAUUCUAUCCUUCAAUUAUUGAAUCAUAGUGCGUCGGCUACGAGAAGGAUCUGAUCCUUCAUUUCCUUCCGUGAUAGUUUACUUUCAACAAACAGGUCGGUACCCUCUGGUGUCAUGCGGGUGUAUCGAAUGAGUGAAGACAACAAACCUGGUUGGUUUGCUAGGAUCCUUCGAUUGCAAGGAUUUCUUGCCAGUUUCAUUAACACGGAAACGGAAAUUUGCUGCGCUCGGCUCUGUAGGGUUUCGCAGUAGGAUCCGCUCGCUAGACGAACAAGAAAAGCAAGGUUCGAAGUUUGCCUGGCGAGAAAGUGAAUGUUUCCAACCCCCUCGACCAAAAGAGCGAACGUUUGAGCUAAUUUUGAUUUCGUGCUCUCUUCAAGGAGAAAAGCUUUCGGUGAUAGUAGCGCGAGAGCAUUGAUCAUGUCUGGUGCGAGGCUGGCGGAUCUUAUCCUUCUUUCAACCCCCGGGUUCUCUACAAGAUCGAACAACAAGUCUAGUGUUCGUUUCACAAUCGAUAUGCUUUCUGAGUGUGUCAGUUCCAAACAAAUUUCGAUUGCUUUGUGGAAAAGAGGUGCAAGGGGCUGUUCGACUUUUGUGACUAACGAGUUCAAUAUCGGUAAGACAACCGCUGCACUCUUUUCCGAGGCAUAUAUAUUUUUCUGGUCAACCGAAAUAGAAACCAAAGCAUCAA